AUGUUGGGGGAAAAUGCUGCCACGGUGAAACACUCGGCCCUAGAGCAUCACGAUUCUUCUUCACAUGGGCAGGUUAUCAGGCUGAGCUUCAGUUGUGAUGCUGCAAUUACCAUCACGCUGAUCUCGUUUCUGGCCUCUCUAAGUGAAUUGGAGCAGUUGUCAAUUAUGAACAAUCCUUGUGUGAUGGCCACCCCGUCCAUUCCCGGGUUUGACUAUCGGCCAUACAUCGUUAGCUGGUGUUUGAAUCUCAGAGUCCUGGAUGGAUACGUGAUUUCUCAGAAGGAAAGUCUGAAGGCUGAAUGGCUCUAUAGUCAAGGCAAGGGACGAGCGUAUCGGCCUGGCCAGCACAUCCAGCUUGUCCAGUACCUGGCUACAGUCUGUCCUCUUAUUUCUGCGCUGGGCCUUCAAACUGCAGAGGAUGCCAAACUGGAGAAGAUUCUGAGCAAACAGAGGUUUCACCAGAGGCAGUUGAUGAACCAAAGCCAAAACGAAGAGCUUUCUCCUCUUGCUCCUGUUGAAACCAGGGCGCCCCUUCCACCUGAGUGUUCCAGCCCUGGUCAAGAGGUGCAGGAAAGUGUCUUGAUUCUUCUAGAACCUGUCCUCCAAAUCAAUUCUUGGGUUGGGAUAAGCAGUAAUGAUGAGCAGUUAUAUGCUGUCAAGAAUAACUUCCCAGCCUCUGCACACACGACACGAUAUUCUCGGAAUGACCUUCACCUGGAAGAUAUACAGACCGAUGAGGACAAGCUCAACUGUAGCCUGCUCUCUUCAGAGUCCACGUUUAUGCCGGUUGCGUCAGGACUGUCUCCAGUAUCACCCACUGUGGAGCUGAGGCUACAAGGCAUUGCCUUGGACCUAGAUGAUGAUGAUGAUGUUGCAGAUGAAUCCAUGAAAGGGCUGGAAAGCCAGGACUCGGCUAAGGACAAGGAAAAGUCUUUAUGGGAUACAAAAGAGAGUUCUGUUUCAAGGCUGAAAAGUAAGAUCAGUACGGAAGUAAAUGAGAAAGCUGGGCUGUUACUCCAUCCCGAGUCAGUGAUCAACGAUGCUGUCUUGGCGGAGGAUAGGCAUGCUCUUACAUCCUUUCCUGAGUCAGUUGGACACAGUGUGUCCCACACAGGACCACAUAGUGAAGAAGCCAAGUCUCCUACCACUUCAGAGAAAUUUUCCUGCAGGAUUUUUACCCAGACACCUGUUGCUUUGGGACAAGAUAAAGUCACCCUCCAGAAACUGAAUGCAGCUGCCACUAAGCUUCAGGCCUGUUGGCGGGGCUUUUAUACCAGGAACUACAAUCCGCAAGCCAAAGGGGUACGUUAUGAAAUCCGGCUACGCAGAAUGCAGGAGCACAUUGUCUGCCUAGCAGAUGAAGUAAGGAGAUUAAGAAAAGAAAGGGAUGAAGAACGUGUGAAAAAUUGUGUGCAGGAAGAAGCUGUCAGAUUCCUCUGGAACGAGUGUUGGAUCCUCACUGGGAGUCCUCCCAGUUAUCCAGCUAUUGCUCUGUGCCGUGGAGAUCCUGCAGCUUUGCAGCAGGACUGGCCCUUUCAUGAGUCUCAACAGUUCACAGAUGACGGAGAUUUUGGGGUGGACCAACUUGAAGCCCUGGAUCUGGGCCUGGGUGGUAGCUGA